CAGCCAGCAUCUCCCAUUCUAUUCUAUACCCUUUCACACCCUUCCUUCUCCCAAGCAACAUCGGCCAUGCCAUGCUGGAGUACAUUGCUACAUGAUCCAAAGGAUAGAUCCAUGUCUUCUUUUGCUUUGCUGCGCGAGAGGCGGGGAUUGUAGCCGCGUAUGGGCAUCGCCCACUUUCAGUUUUCCGGGGCGCCAUGGCAUUUGCUAGCUACUAGUAAGUCGUAGGACCCAUGCUAGCUUGGAGGCUUGUGGCGAGGUCGAGCCCCAAAAUCUCCCUCUGAUCAUGCAUGGUCAGGGAUCGGGGGCCAGCGGCUUCCUUUCCAAGUGGGGCUAGCGUUGCAUUGGCUUGUUGCUGCUGCGAUGUGCAUGAUUUCGUCCUCUCUCUUUCUCUCAGUGCUUUGAUCAUGGCGCCGGCCCGCCCACCAGCCUGAUCUGAUAAAACCUCUCCCUGGCCGGCUUGUUUCCCUGCUGCCUCUCGGCUGGGGCUGGGGCUGUUAGGAAUCACCUCAGGUUCAGGGUCAGGCAGGCCGGGUCGCCCACCACAGACCCCGGCCGCCCACGCGCGCCAUCCUUUGGCAUUCUCCUUGCAGCCGUUUUAUUAGGAAACGCUCCCCUUUCCGUUUUAGUAGCCAGGCCAGCUUGAGAGUUUUCAGCGGAUCUUGGCGUUGCUGUUUCCUGGGAGGAGAGGCUACCGCUACAAGGAGAGAGGGGCAACGCAGUGGUGGUUGGCGUUUCAGUAGGCUGUCAGUGUUCCUCCCCUUGAUUUGAUAAGGUCCUUUUUAAUUCGGUACAACGUUUGACACCUCCCCGAGCCCGGGAAGAUGACCGGCAACGCGUCUUAUCAGCAGCUCGGACUCGGAGUCGACGCCAUGAUGAGCGGCUGCUUCGUCAGCGGCGGCGCCGACACACAGGUCUUCCAUGAUGGCAGCUUCUUCGGGUUCGGCGAACCGGCGGAUGUCGCCGCGAGCUUCUUGGUGGACGGCGGCUCGAUGCUCACCGGCCAGCUGCAGCUGGUCCGCGCCGCUGCCACGCAGAGCGUGUCGCUGGAGGAGAUGCGCGGCGGCGGCGGCUAUGGCCCGUCGCCCUCGGAUGUCACCGUUGCUCACGCGCCAAAGGUGGCCGCCAAGCUUGCCGGGGAGAUGGAAACCAGCUGGAUCCACGAGCCGUACUACGGCACCACAUGGUUCUCCGGCGAUGGCCUCCGGGACCCGUUCGCCGCGGCGGCGAGCGAGCUGUCGCUCAGGCUACGCGCCGAGUCGUUGCCAGCCGCCGGCGCCGUGAACAUCAACCUGCAGGACCAGUCCUCGGAGGUGAGCUGCUCCGGCUUGACCCACGCGAGCAGCAGCAGCGCCGCCGGCAGUGUGUUCCAGACUCCUUGCGGCGGCGGAGACAUGGCGCGUCUUGGGCCCCUGCACUUCUCGCAGGUCCUGCCGCGGUGGCCGGGGUACGCGCACGUCACGCAGCAGACGCUCGACGAGUUCGUCGCCUGCCUGCUUCAAGACGUGGCCGUGUUCGCCGGCUCGGCCGGCGGCGGCGAGGCGAGCUGCCCGCUGCCCACGUCGAGCUCUUCCAAGACGACGUCAUCCAACGCGUCCGCGUUUCUCGGCUCGGAAUCGGAAGAGCACGCGCACCAGAAGCUGAAGAACGAUUUCCAGAAGCUGCUACAACUGCUGGACCAACGGUGCAACCAGUGCGUGGACAAGAUCCAGAGCGCGGCGUGCAAGUACGGCGGCAUGGUCGGCGGCGGCGCCCUCCUGGCGCCGUUCGCGCACCGCGCGGUGUCCGCGGCGCACCGGCGGCUCCGGGCGCGGAUCACGGGCGAGAUCGCGGCGGCCUCCCGGAGAGGCGCGCCGCCGUCGCUGACGCUGGCCGACAGGGAGCGGAGCUGGGAGUCGGCCUUCAUCCAGAAGCACUGGGCGCUGCGGCAGCUCAGGCGCGGCGACCAGCAGUCGUGGCGGCCGCAGCGCGGCCUGCCGGAGAAGUCCGUCGCCGUGCUCAAGGCCUGGAUGUUCGAGAACUUCCUCCGCCCGUAUCCCAAGGACAACGAGAAGGAGAUGCUGGCGGAGAGAAGCGGCCUGAGCAGGAGCCAGGUCUCCAACUGGUUCAUCAACGCCCGUGUGAGAUUGUGGAAGCCGAUGAUAGAGGAGAUGUACGAGGAUCUCAAGAAGGCUUCCGGAGGCGGCGAGGGCGUGGCCGCCUGACUGAACAUCCGCCUCCGGAUGGAGUUUCUGUAAGCUCUCAGCACCACUCUGGGAGCUUUUGUACGAGCAUUGGUGCCACCCUGUUAUCUAUUUGUAUAACCUUUACAACUUUCCUGGCGUAUGUAUAAAAUUGUCAGUAUGCUGGUUGCAUUGUGGACACUUUUUGCCACAUCCUA